UACUGAACAAGCUGAAGGCAAGUCACCUGUGAUUAACCUCUGCGAUUUCAAAGCGAUUUUAUACCUUUUCAAUGGAUUUCUACCCACGGACAAUUCACCAGAGUGGAUCCUGGAUAAGGCCUACAUAUCUGCCUCUUCCUCAGAGAAUCCUGCCCAGUGUCAACACUGGCGAAGCCCUCAUAUACUCUGCACAGCCCUCGACUGCCACAUCUGUGCCAACCUACCAAUAUGUGCAGAAUGCACAGUCUUCUGCAGGUCGGCAUUGGAGGGAGACUGGAAACUUCUGCGCUCAUCCUCAGGAUAUGAGCAGUGUUCUGGUCAACCUGCCCAUCCCAGUCCCUCAAAUGGAACAGGAGACCUCCACAUUCACGGGCAACUUCCCCCUCCAGCCCGCCAGUGUCAGGAGCAGCCAGGUGGCUCUUACUAGACCCCCUGCUGUGGCUCCAGUGAGGGUAGAGGAGAGCCUGACGUUUGUGGGCAACUUCACUCAUGCUCCAGACGUGACCCAGGACCAGUUGAUUGCAUUGCUGGGUUCAGCCCGAGGGUCUGGGUGUGCAGCCAGCCAUGGUGUGUCAUCCACCCAGAGAAUACUCAAUCCCACUCUGCCUCGUAGCAGUUAUAGCGGGAACGUGAAACAUGCUCACCCAUCCACAUUCGGGAAUGUGAAGAUGCCAGCGCAAGAGCUGCAGUCUGCCACUACAGGUCAUCAUGACACAGCCGCUGGGGCCUGUGGUGACACUCAUUCCGGGAGCUCUGCAGUCCACUACACCACCAGGGAGGCGUACGUGAAGAUGCUGGAGUACCACCGGCACAUGGCCUCCUACUACAAGCAGCUCAAGCUGAAGGCUGAGCACUCCUCACAGCUGGAGGGCUCCGUUUGCCCUCAGCUCCAGAGGAAGAGAGGAGGCGUGUCUGGUGGGAGCUGGGAGGAGCCUCCGCAGAAGAGAUGUUGGGACGAUGGAACAGGGGGCAUCAUUCUUCCUGACGAUGCCAUCGAGAAACUUGAUGCCAUUCCAGGCAUCUGGGAUCUGGCUAUAGAAAUGGGCUUCCUGACUGUCCUUGAGGAAGAUAAAUGAAUAUUUAGCCCAAUAAAAUUUAUAUAGUCGUCUAUUUUUUAUU